AUGUCACUCAUCGGUGGAUUCCAGAAGAGCAAGGAGGCUCUUGGCUCUCCAGCACCAUCGUUCACCCUUAGCCAGAUAUCCGACUUCCAGUACGAGUCUCAGCUGUUUACCGAGCCACACCUGGCAGAGAUGGAGAAAACGUUUGAGAAUGCAGUUGACUCGACUGGAAGAGCCCUGGACAUCAAGGCUUUCACUAAGGCUGUGAAGAAGAUUCUGAGCAAUGUGUUAGAUGAGAUGCUGGAGGCGCUGUUUUUGAAGGUGGACAUAAACUGUAAGGGCUCCGUUACCUGGCAGGAGUACGUGGAUUAUGUGAUAUGCGAGUUCCGAGCGAAGGAGAAGAUGAUGAGGAGCCACCGCCUGCGCUUCCACCUUCCCAUGAGGAUCAUCCCCCUGAAUCACGGGUGUGAGAUUGUGAAAGUAGAGUUUCUAGUCCAGCAGCUCAGGAAGAUUGGGCGUUUCCUGACUGUCACCAAGGAUGGGAUCCUGCAGUUAUGGUCGGAGUCCUUCUCGCUGACCAGCUCUUUCAGGCUUUACCAGAUCCAGCCACUCCACAGCCAGCAGAUGCGGGUCAUCGACAUGGUGUGUCUCCACAACUUGAACCUGGUUGCGAUCGUGUCAACUGACCAGAAGAUAGAGUUCUUUGAUAUCAGUAACCAUAGAUGUGUCCGGGCCUUCACCUUCAUUGAUCUGGACAGCUGCGUCCUGACCAUGGAUUACUGGUCUGACUACCACAGAGCCGUGUUCUGCUAUGGGGACACCAAAGGCAAUGUCAUUGUCUUCACCUCCGACGAUGUGACCAAUGGGCUGUUCAACCCCUGAAUCCUCCCCAGGACCUCCAAAUGGGAUCACUGGACCAACGUUUCCAUGCAGAAGCUCUUGCAUGAGAAGUCCCCUAUGCAUAGAAGUUACCGGCUGAAGGCUCUCCACCCCAACUGGUGUCAACGGGUCAAGUUCAUCCCCCAGCUGAACCUGGUGGCCUCCUGUUCAGCCAUCAGCAGGUCCUCUCUGGUGCUGACAAUAUUGCCGUCCAAAGCCCCAGAGAGCCUCAGGUUUUCAGUGCUGAAUUUAAGAAAAGGGAUUCUUUGCUUUGAUUACUGCCCAGAAAAGAACAUCCUAGUGACUGGGGGCUAUGACCCCCUUAUCUGCCUGUGGAAUCCCUUCUUCUCGAAAAAGCCUGUGUGGCUGAUGAAGGGGCAUAAGACCUCGGUGACGCACAUCCUCGUGAGCAGCAAGAGCAGCAGCAUCCUCCUCAGCAUCUCCAAGGACAAGAAUAUUCGCAUGUGGGACAUGCAGGACUACGAAUGCCUCCAGUCCUUCUGUGGGAAGCUGUUCGCCCUGGGACACUGCCCCAUCACCAGCGCCUACUUCCACAGGGAUGACAACAGCCUCAUCUGCAGCACCUACUCGGUUGGCAUCCUAAAAGGAUACGUAGAGACCCAGGGGCCUGGGAGACCAGAGGAGAAGACCACGACGUACAGUGCACCCCUGUGCGCUGUCCUCUACAGCAAGGUUUUCAAGCAGGUGGUGAGCGGCUGCCUGAGCAGCGUGGUGAGUGUGUGGGAGGUCGUGACAGGCAGGAGGAUGACGGAGUUCUCUGUGACUGAUGACCAGCAUGUGGAGCUGACUGCCAUGUCCCUGGAUGAGUCAGAGGGGUGCCUGCUCACGGGUCUGCGGGAUGGCACCAUUAAGAUGUGGAACUACAGCGUUGGCGAAUGCCUGUUGACCUUCCCCAACCCGGACCAGAUGGAGACCAGUGGGAUUGUCCGUAUGAACAAAGUGUUCUAUGUGACCGGAUGGAGUAAGAGAAUCACUUAUUUCAUGUUCCACAAGACCAAGCCGGUGCUCUUGUGCUACCACUGGCAGACCUUCCACACAGAGGAUGUCCUGAGCAUGGCCAAGUACCAUAACCAGUUCCUCGGGACCUCCUCCUACAACGGCGAUAUCCUCUUCUGGAACGCCAGCAUGUUCAAGCCCGUUCUCAAUUUCAGUGCCUCUCGGAGCCCCUUGCCCUUGCUGCCCAAGAGGGUGCAGGAUGUGGAUGACUGCUUGACUGAGAGCCACGGGGCCAGCAAGCCCUGUGUGGAGCAGAAGUGGGCGCACAAAACCCACACGGAGCCCCCGGGCCCCGGCUCCAGGUGCGCCAACACUCACCUGAGGCGGAACCUGAUGUCGGCACCCCCGGUGGUGAGACACCAGAGGGACAAGGAACCAGCCCCCCCUGCACCCCUGUAGAAGCCUCUCAGCGCCUACAGCCUCAAACAGUCAAGAACACCCCAUGACAGACUGUCACUUGUCAGAGAGGAUGAAAAGAGAAAAGCAGACUUCCAGAGGAAGAUGUUGCUGCAGUCCAGCGCAUCAGUAGAGAAGAUAAUCUUCUUUCAGACCAGACCUCACCUGCCACACACGGCUGCCCUGCUGAGCAGCUGCAUGGACGGCGACAUCUAUGCCUGGUCCAUCCACGGCAGUGGAGGCCUGCUGGGGAAGUUCCCUGUGGACUUUGAAGAGAAAAGGGACGUGGUUGUGGGCGCCAUGGCCACUGAGAACGACUGGAUUCUUGUCACAGGGAAUUGUCAGGGACACAUCAAGAUCUGGGACAUCAAGGAUUACUGCACAUUUUCCGACAAGCAACCAACCCAUCCCAGUAGAACAAAUGGGUUUCAGUUCUUAAUUCCACAGAUUCAGACCAGCCUCCCAUACAACAUUCCAUCGGAGGAGGAGAAGGUUGUGGCUGGCCAGACAAUUUCUCUGGUUCCGCCCAAGCUUCUGAUUACCUGGAAGGGCCAUCUGGAGAGUGUGGCAGACAUCCUGUAUGUGGACAGCUUCCAGCUGAUCAUCAGUGCUGGCCAGGACCGGGACGUCAAGGCUUGGAAACUCUCUGGUGAUGCCAUUGGGACGUUUGGCCUCAGUGUUUGGAAAACGCUGCAGGAUGCCCCGACAAUCAGUGAUCAGGAACUGAAAAAAAGCUCAAAGGAGGAGGGUGACUUCAUAGGCGCUACCCAGAAGGCCUUCCAUCUAGAUCUGGAGGAGGAGCGGGAUCUUGCUGAGGCCCUGAUGUACCAGCGGCGGGAGCAGGUGGCCCUCAUGUCUCUCCUGAAUGGGAAGGCAGACACGGAGGCUGAGGCUUGAGCCAGACUGCAGAAGAUAACCUUGAUGUCCCCAUGGGCUGGAGAGCGCUCCCCGGAAGACAUUGAGAAUAGCUGGCACAAGUGGGAGUGCAAGGGCAAGCAGGUGAGGCAAAGUCAUGGAGCAGCAUACAAGCCCAAGGAGCGGACACGGAGUCCCGGCCUCCUGUUCACCAACGUGCAGUACGGCUGGAUGAAGCCCCAGAUCUCACCUCAGAUCUACCAGAGCCUGCACUUCAAUGAACUGGUGCCCAUCCAUCAGCCUGACUUCGUGAUGCACAAGGUCGCAGACCAGCAGGGCCGCCUUGCCCUCCUGGCAACCCAGCGCAUCCAGAAAGACCUGGACCCCGGCAGGGAGAUGGUGCCCGACAGCGCGGCCAUCACCCCCACUGCCGUGGCCUCCUCUCCUGGCUCGCUCUCUCUGUCAGCCUCAGACUCCAGCUUCCUGGAGUCUGCCUUGUCCACCAGCCCCAGCCCCAGCACCCCCAGUCCUUGCUACAGCCUUUGUCAGCCCCCAAGCCCAGUCAGCCCCCGCAGUCCUAGUGCAGGUACCCUGGUACCUCCUGCAGAGGUCGGCGGCCCAUGGGCCCGUCGCCUCUUCCCUCAAGCUGCUCUCCAGGCCUCUGAAGGCCAGCCUUUCAUUCUUUGUGAAGAAGGACUCCCACAUCAGGCUCUGAGGUGGCCCACUCCUCUCCCCAGGCCUCCAGCAGUGCCACCAGGCCCAUGGGGUCCUAUCUGUCCCUGGCUUACCCUGCCAGGUCCAGAAGAUACAGACCUUCCCCUGGCUAUCCUCACUCUGCCUGUCUGGUGAAGCUGACCCUCACCAGAAUCCUAGAGAAGAAAAUAAAUGUUCUCAGAUG